UACAUUCACGUGACUCUGUCCGUGAUGAAUCUGCUUGCUGUCGGAGUUGGCAUUUCGACGGCUGCUGCGGUGUUUAUUGCUAAUGUCGAUUGGUUUUCUAAAACGCCUGCUACGCCUUACAGCCAUUUGUCUAAUGCUAGACUGUCGUCACUAGAUGGCAAGGACAGUCUUCUAGCCAGCAGGUUGUGGGCUUCUUCAGGAGCUGUUGUGAUGGUUGUGAGGCGUCAAGGGUGAGCUUUGUGUAGGAAGGAGGCCCUAGAGCUUUCUUCCAUUAAAGAACAACUUGAUGAGUUAGGAGUGCCACUCUACGCUGUCGUUCAUCAAAGGAAGGGAUCUGAUGAUUUCCAGAAAAAAUAUUUUACCGGUGGUACAGUAUACCUUGACAAAGAGAAAUCAUUCUACGGGACUCAUCAGCGAUGGAUGUUUCUGUCUGCACUGUUUCGUCCAAGCGUAUGGACGUCUUACUACCGAGCGAGGAAAGACGGUGUUGAAGGAAACUUUGAAGGAGAAGGUCGUCUACUAGGAGGUCUCUUUGUACUCGACUCAGGAGACGGCGGAAUAUUAUUGGAACACCAAGAGAAACAGUUUGGAGACACAGUAAACCUGGAAGAUGUCAUGGAAGCAGCACGGAGCAUCUCUUCUGUCAGUCCACGAUUAUAAGACUGUAGACAGACAGUGACAUGUAAUGCCUACCGAUACGUACUCAUUUGUAGUCUUUGACGUUAUGAUAGCAUCAGCUGUCAAGCUGUAUUACAGCCCACUGGUGCUUGAUGUUCAUGUCAACACUUCGAAUGAGAUGUAUUCAAUACAUUUGCUUUGUAUAGCACUACCCAAUGAUUACUGUAGAAAACUAAUUAUUCUGCAUAAACCAACAGUUAAUAUCAAUUAACUAGGAAUCCU